ACGUGUACGUAUCAACGGUGUGUCCGUAUGAAGCGGGUUGAAUUUAGAGAAAACCUAAGGGCUUUCUUUCGCCAGGGACGAAGCGUGAAACGUCUGUCCGUAAUAACGCGGAGUCCUUAUUAAGCGGAUGUCCGUAAAGCUGGAUUUGACUGUAAUCUCAAACCAGUCUUUGACUCUAGCUAACAGCAAAAUCACUUCGACCGUGAUUAUAAACAAACGCCCUGAGCUCUGACUCAAGCCAUUAUAUGUGUGUGCUAUUUCAGGCUGUUCUUUUGCUGCAUUGUGCAAUCCCAAGAGCUCGAAUAGGAGGUGUUGUCUUCCUCAGGACCCAGGCUUGUGCAUGGGCUACUUUCCAAGAUUCUUUUUCAACGGGACAAGUGAGCAGUGCGAAGAGUUCAUUUAUGGCGGUUGUGGUGGAAACGAAAACAACUUCGAAAAAGAGGGGGACUGUAAGGCGUCGUGUAAGCCUGGUAAGGAAAAUAGGGCAUUACUGUUUAUUAAAGACUGAAGGAAGGAAACUUUGGCUCUUACGACCAACUUUUUAUUGUUCGAUAUUUCUAUCAGUUGUCCUUGAUAUAGCCUCUCCGGCUGAGACCCUCUCCCUCCCUUUGUUUCUUCGGGAUAUGUAUCGUGCCAGCACAUCUCACGUCAGUCUAUAUUUCAAUGUUAUCUGUAGAACGAAACUCGGUCUCAUCAGAGUUAACAUUUCUGCAUUUCGAAUAUGAUUUUAAAACAUUGAAGUUCAAGAUCGCAGAAAACCCCGUAAAGAUGAGUGUUUAUUCAGCUGUGUUGCAAUAUGUUUUACCAAGAUUCAUUAGCAGUAAGUAUUUAACCUUCGAUGGGAAAACGAAAGCUGCUUAAACAUUAGUUUCUUGAAGUUUCCGUCCCUAACGAACUUUGUGUAAACACACAAUCUAGAAUCAGAUAUUAGUCAUAUCCAGCACAAUAAUCUAUUUUAGAGCAAUGGAAGUGUUCUCAGCUGCUUUACCAUCCUUUGUAAGGUUUGUUUUAACUUGGAGGAUAUUAGUUGCCAAAUUUUAGAUAAAAGACUUGUCGAACAUAAUAUUUGAACGGCAUUAGCAUAUCCAGGCCACAUAUAAGCAAGCUUGUACACCGUACAAUUUGAAUUACCUCUCCUCAAGAGCGCUUAAUUACCUCUGCGAAUUACCUCUUCAAGUUAUCUCAUUGAAUUACCUCCCGUUAAGACACAGAUCACUGUUGAAUUAAUUGAUUUGUCAACGAGCUAACUACGUGAGAAGAUUAGACACAUUUGAAGAGUUCCAAUUCUUUUGAAAUUAUCUCCACUUUGCUCUAAGGACAAGUUACUAACGAUCCUGUACCUCUGGCAUUGUUUGUGACGUUGUCCAGGCAGCCCAGUGAAGUGUUCUACCGAGCUCUAGUCCUAUCCCGUCCUUCAGUUAUUUCGAACCGUCUAUUUAUCCAGCGCAACGCCGCGCAUUUUUUGACAGUUAAAGACGAAGAACACCCUAAAAAUCUAACGUCACUUUAUAUAUACUAAAGCAGUGGAUAGUGUUUUUCGCGCGCUCUGACUGGCUACUCAACCUCCGGGUUUUCUGUUUUUGUUUUCAGGUCGUUUGUUUGUUCAUUUAUUUGUUUCAUAUAACUAGAAGUGAAUUAUAUAAUGCAUGCCUGGGGAUGAUACUGAAACAGGAAACGGAAAAUGAGGAACAGGGAACGUGAAAAUGAAUAAAGGGAAAACAACAUAGAAUGGGCAAUAAAGUUAAUGGUAACGCUAGUGUUAAAGUUAGUUUUUGCUCUCAUUUUCCUUUUUUCCGCCGUGCUCGCUAGUUCGCCGUUCCCUGUUUUAAAGUUGAUUUUGAUGUUAAUUUGCCGCAUGCAUUCACCUAUUUACUGCCACAUGACAGUACCAUAUAUGUCGCAGUUAAUUUUUUAUGUCAGUUAAUUUCUUUUUUCCCUUUGUUUCUAAUUCAUUAGCAGAUAUUACCAUAACCAAAAACAAUGGAAAAAUAAAGAUUAACUGAGCCUAAAAAAUUUACUACAACAUAUACAACAAGAAAUAGGAGUAUAAACUCUGUUGCAACUAGCGCAUUACUUCCAGCUUGUUACAUUUGCGUAUUCUGGUUAAAGGUCAGUAAGUUUCACCCCAUGUUAGGGAAUCCAAGACGGUCUUGGAUUCUGGAUUCUACUCUGUGGAUUGUGGAUUCCAGCUACUGGAUUCCAGUCUUUGUCAGUGGAAGUUGAUUCGGGAUUCCAAUUUUAGCGGGAUUCCGGAUACCAAAGCCCAGGAUUUCGGAUUCCACGAGCAACGUUUUCCUGGAUUCCGCAAUCGGGAUUUUCUUUAUACACGGGGCGAUACAUAUGAUUUUAAAUCAACAUCAUUUCCUCGGCGUUUUUAAACAUUUGACCAUUAUAUUCUAUCUAUAUUUUCAGCUUCAGCUCCGAAUCGAUGUUACCUAGAGAAGAAAGUCGGACACUGCAGGGCAGCCUUUGAUCGAUAUUUUUACAACAAGACAACACGCAAGUGUGAACAGUUCACUUAUGGUGGAUGUGAUGGCAAUGCCAAUAGGUUCAUGACACUCGAGGAAUGUCAGAGUUUCUGCAAGUGUAAGUACAAGUAACUGUUUCUUUUGUUUCACAAAGAAGGGAAACAUAGAAGAAUGUAGAAUUAUUUGCGUUGCUCUUUGGCCAUUUGUCUUUUUUUUUUGUGAGGUUUUAACAAGGUUUUGUUGGUUGGGGCUGGGAUUUAACAAUGCAGGAACCAGAUGAAUGAUUAUUUAGCACAGCCGUUCUUUUCUCUGAGUUUACCCACUUUUAACAAAACAGCGUUCUAAGCUAUUUUUAAUUUUCCCAACGCUUUUAAUAAACACUAUUUAUUGUAAGCAUUUUCAUGAAACCAUAUAGCGUAGACUAAAAAAGCGUUUUUCUUCUUAAAAUAAAUAUAACCCACUGAGGAAGUGAUCUGAUUUCUUAAACCGCUGCCUGGGAGCUUUUACAAAUAAUAGACUCUAAGUGUUGUGGGUAUAACGUGAAGGCUGAUAUAAAGCCGAUAGCGUUUAUUUCAAAACUUCUCAGUUUUAUAUUUAGGCAGCAAUUAACCUACUGGGAUCGAUAUAUAAUUGUUUACGCCAUUUUAAAGGUAACCGAGCAAAACCAUUAUUCUUGACCUCGAUUUUCGUUUGCGUUUUGGUUGUCUAUUUGAAUAAAAAAUGAAUUCUGUUAAAGGUAGUAUUUACUCACUUUGUGGAAUAAAGAGGACAAAAGAUUCCGGGAUUUCGUUCUAUCCUUUUUAUCCAGCUCGCUUCUUCCAAAACAGACUGAAAGACUGCUUUAAUUUAUUUUCUUUUUCUUAUUGCAGCUAGCCUCGUGUGAAUGAUACGACCUCUUUCUAAAUGGUGAUCGGAGUUACUGACCAUCACAUGUCAAGAACGAAGUAACGACGACGAUAUAUUUGCAUCGUUCCUCUAUUCUUGAAAUAAAAUGAAGUAGAAUGAAAUAAAGCAGAAUUUAAUUCAAAUAUUUUCAAGAGUUGUGGAUUUAGCUUAUAACUAAAAGGUAAUGUUCCAGCCAUUUCACGUCCCUCGGAUAUUUCCUGGUAUUUAAAAUGAGUUGGUUAUCGAAUUCCCACUCUCCUGGUCAAAAAUGGUAUUUUCAAUGACUACAAAUUUACUUCAAGGAGCAUGUUCAAUGCCAGUUAGCUUCAUUCCGUGUCUAAAUGUUGUCAUUUUCCCCACAAACUCCUUUGUGCCGCUAGAAUAAGACUGAGGUUUUUAACAAAGCCGCCAUCACUUCUGCCUGUGGCAGAAGUGACAAUUUUUCAGCAAUUUGUGGACUAAUUAAACAGAAAGGAACACUUGAAUAGAACAUCGGUGCCAAUGUUGUAAAGAGUAGAAAAAGAUAAUUAGUCUUUUCAGCUUAGGUAUAAAUGUAAUUUGAAUCAUAAAGCAGAUUGCAGACUCCACAGUUUCUUGGAUAAUUUUCUUCAGGCGAGAUGUAUUAUUCUGAAUCAACAAAUUUUACAAAUACUGCGUACUUUUUUAAAAAGGAAAUUGCUCGCUUUUUCUGAACUGGUUUUCGCAAUUUUUACGCCUAUUAUGUUAGUUGUGUAUGAGGCACAGAAAAAUACUACCCAAAAACGUAUCAUAACCUCGGCAGGGUAAUUAGAAUUUCGCAAAUUUAAGGAGCUUUAAGGUCCUGUAAAUGUUUGCACAUUAUUUAUCGUCACUGAAAAAAGCUGAGAUAAGAUAUUACUUAAAAUAAUUUUAAGAAGUUUUAAAAAUGUUUAAAACAUGUCGACGUUUCGAUGUUAGCUCAGACUUCAUUGUCAAGUUAAAAGAUAAUGACGUCCAAGACAGCCAAAACGUCGUCAUGUUUUUAGCAUUUUUUAUUUGAAAUUUCUUGACAAAAUAUUGCUUAAAAUCAUUCCAGGAAAUUUUGAAAAAUUAAAAAAAAACGUUCAAAAAGUGACAAUGUUUCGACGUUCUCAACUUUUUUGUCAAGUCGAAAGAUAAAUACGUUUGAGAAUGCCGAAUUAACGUUUUAGUUAAAAUUUGUUAAAAUUGUCUGAUAAUAGUAAUAAUGAUAAUAAUAAUAAUAAUAAUAAUAAUAAUAAUAAUAAUAAUAAUAAAGGCUAUUAUUUAUACAGGAUAACCUAUCAGUGCUAUUAAAAAGAACUGUUAACAAAAGGGUCCUGUAACUAAAUAAUAGAUAACUAAAAAAUAAAAAAAAAUAAAAUCGAAAAAGUGGAAAAUAAAAUAAAAUAACACUAAGAAAUCUAAGACUCAAAAAUCAAAAUCUGUAAAAAAUAUUGACUUAUAGGAUAGAAAAGAGUUGAAUUAUAGAAUACUAUUGAAAAAACUCUUUUAAAUUACUCUUAAAAAGUAACCUAGAACUUAAAUAUAUUAAAUGCUGAGGUAAAGUAUUAAUAACUAGAGCCCCUUGAUAGCAAAACCUCUCCGUCCAAAUUCUAAUUUGGCUUUGGGAAGUUUUAGUGAACACCCAUUCUUUCUAGUGUUAAUGUUGUGUUCAAUUUUUGUAAAAUAUCCUUUAAAAGGGGUACAGACGUUAUUAUGAAGACAAUCAAACACAAGCUGGCAGGACUGUCUCUUUAUUAAACUCUCCACUUUCUGGAAUUGAUAAUUUCCACCAAUGCAAUGACUUUCUGACUUCGGCGUUCAAUGCUUUCAAUUCGACUUAUACGGGAACGUCACCAACAGAUACCCAAAGUUCCACAAUACAAAAACACAGGUUGAAUCAUUGCUUUGUAGAUUUUAAGGAAACUCUUAUCGUAGUUUUUUUUUACGGCCAAAUGUUUUUUAAAAGUUGUUUCUCUUUAAUCAUUGGACAGUCAUAUGGGACAGUCAUAAUGUGAUAAUAUGUACAUGUUAUUUAACUACAAAUAUAAUCAGUUCACAUGUAUGUAACCCAUAACCUUAGAAAGUGAAAAGGUGAUUUGUUUGUCCGGAUGUUUAGAUAUAUAUUUAAACAUCUAUCUGUGUAGAUAAGAGCAUUAAGCACAUUUUAAAUGUAUCGCAUUAUUCAUUCAGUUUAACCAGGUAACAUUAAUUUUACUUCAGGUAACAAUUAAAUGUGGUAGUUGUAAAUUCCUUAUUUUAAGUGAUUACGUCGUUAAUUCGAAUCAACAAAUUUUUCGUAACGGAUUUCACUAUUAAAAAGUUAAAAAAGAGCAACGUCUCGACCGUUCGAUGGUCAUUUUCAAGUUUAGAAGUAAAAAAAAAAAAAAAAAAGCAUGUUCUUUUAUACAAUUGUGAAAAGGCUCAUGAGAUACUGACUAAAACUCUGAAAUACACUGUUAACACUUCGAAAACGUUUGUAAGUACGUGAAAGAAACUUACAUUCAUAAACAGAGCUCUAUACAGAAACUUGCAGAGCGAGAGGAAAAUUUCCGAAACUCCAGUAACUCAGUUUCCUGCGCCAAAACAAUGUAAGUACCAUUGUAUGUUUACAUUUUUAUUUUAUAUAAUUACCAUUAGAUAGUAGAAAAAUGAUUAUGUAGACAGAUGUUUAAAUAUUGGUCACCUUUCUUCAAAAAUGACUGUAAAGAGUACAUUUUAAGAUAAUGCCUGACUCGCAUUGUAAUUGUAUUUAACUGAACGGAUUCUAAUUGGCGAUUAGUGGAUAGUAACCGCUAAUCGCCAAUUAGAAUCCUUUAUUUUCUUUAGAGUUUCAUAGAAGAUGUAAGAAAUAAUUUAAGAACAGGAAACGAAGAUGAUUUAUUUUUUAGAGCAGCAUAUUCGUAACAAAAUAUCACCCUCUUUCAAAUAAUUUUUCAUUUAUAUAAAUAUGUAGCAAAAAAGGAAUAAUUGCUUUAUUAAAUUCGUUUGUUUAAUGAUAGACCCGUUGUUGUCGACUUAUUUUUAAUUGUAUAUCAGUCUUUUCAUGGGAAUGCUUCGAAAUAGACUUUUGUAUUGUAUUGUAUUUUCUCCAUACACUUUUACUAUGUUUUGCUCAAAGAUAUGCUGGAAACGUUCGUUUUGGUCAUCAUUACACAGUGUGAAAGUAAUUUAUAACGCGAAAGCAUGGACAAUAAAGUUAAUUUUUUGUGUGUAUUAAGAAGCGUGAAACUGAAACAAAGCACAUAGGCCAAUAUUAUGAAAUGUGUAUUUCCUCUAUUGAUUAGCUAGGAAAAGAAUAAUAUAACAUCUGUUCAGACGAAUUACUUUUGACGGUGUAAAUUUAUUGAUAAAAUGGGAGUAAAAUAUUACAGGUUAAAAAGUUAUAAUAGCCUUUUCAAACAAAACCAAGGUGGUAACAAAUAAACAAACGAAACAAUAUAAGGGUGUAAGAGGUAUUAAUCCUUUAUUCCCCCACAGCUGUGUCAAUGACAACGUUCUAUAAAAAGGAACAGUUAUGUUAACUAUACGGCCAGUUCACCGGAAAUACACCGAAGUAGGAUGAAGUUAAUUCUGUUUACCCUGGUUAUAGCAUUUCUGUGCAAAGAAGGUAUAUAUUCAUGUAAUGUCUUAAUUAAUGAAUUAUGAUCAUUCGAAACAACGUACCAACGAAAACGUUUGUUAUUUAUUUGGAAAACAACGCCCUUUUUGUGGACGUCAAAAGACAAAGCCUAACAUCUUCUUUUUUAGAGAUUAAUGGUAAUAGUUAAAAGUUUAGUUGAAAGUAAUAUUUCAUAUUUAUGAGGUAUGCGUUGGUGUUCUAGAUCUUGAAGCAAUUCAAUUAAAGCGUUGUAUAAUAAACGUCUAAUGAAAUGCAUCUAUACUGACAAUACAUAAAUGGUUUCAAAACCUCCAGACUAUUGAUUGUAAGGCAAGCCAUUUCUGAGCUUUGACGAAUCGAAAAAACAUACUCUUUUGGAAUUCUUAGGCGCUUUUGAAAUAGCUAACGAGUUGCACCGUCCUUAUUUGAUUUCAACUGCUAAGAAAAGUGGUCUCUUCAACCACGAUUCUAUGAAAUUUUGGAGAUAAACGAUUAACUGUACAUGUGCGUAUAGAGUCCUUAUUUUGUGCAAAGCUGUACAUGUUAGACGCAGUCGUUUAGGUUUUUUUUGAUAUUCUAUGAUUUAUUUAUUUUAGGCACCUGUAUCCCGUCCGAGGACAUUGAACCAAGACCAGGUAAGUUCUCUGUUGUACUUUUGUAAUUUUAAUUAAAAGGCAAGUCAUUAUCUAUUGCCUUUUUUAAGGCACGGACAGGGCCAAUGGCUGUAAAAUAAGUGGCCUGGUUAGAAUCACGUGUAAGACUUCGAUCAAAGUUUUGGCAAAUAGAUGAAAAAACUGUCUACCUAGUGAAAGCAUGAACGAAAGUCGGAUUAAAUACCCGUUGUGUCACUUUAGUACACUAAAACCUCAAAACUAAGUAAAGAGGAUAUCCGAUUUAAGCAACCCCACUUACACAAAUUACGCUAUUUCUUUCCUGUUCUCCCAUCCCUAACAUUUUACAUGUAUUUCUAUUAUUAUCCAUCUUUUUCCAAUUUGUUUUUCUUUUUCACAUGAUCAACUAGAGAUAUGCAAUCUACCUCCCAAGAAAGGACUUUGCAUGGCAUGGAUUCCUCGGUAUUAUUACAACACCCGCACACAUACCUGCAAACGUUUCAUCUAUGGCGGAUGUCAGGGCAAUGCGAACAACUUCGAAACAAUUGCCGAAUGCAAGAGCUCAUGCAUGGGUAAGAAACCAAUAUGCAUUAUUUAAAGGCAAACCAGAAGACCAGAUUAUCUUAGUUAUAUUAGUAAUUCACUUACUGACAAGCCACGGAGCCUACUGUUACAAUUUUUACUAUCAUCUGAAAAUUUACUACCACUAACUUGUUGAAAGAAAUAUUUGCAAGGAGCAAAAUUGUGCAAACCAUUUUUUCCUCCAGUGUUUGAUUUCUUCAAGGGUAAGAGAGUGUCAAAAGGAGUAAAUCCACCAUAUAGGUUCUAGUUUAGGCAAGUAUUUCUUGACUGAAAAAACCUCGUCGCAUAUUUGGAUAUAAACUUUCUUAAAAAUGAUUUUGAAAAAUAAUUCUAAUUCCAUAUGAUUUAAUCAUAUAUGAAUUUUCGCUAUUGUGAAUCUUAAAAUAUCUUGAAAUAGCCCAGAGCGAAGAGUUCCUUAAGAAUGAUUAUAGCUUCAUUAAACUAGAAUCUCCCUCGUCAAGACUGACACGCCCUUCCUCGUAAAGACUUUUGUUCUUGGGCCAUCGUUGCUUGCGUGAGUAAUAGAACCCAAACAGUGGUGAUAAACAUAUUCAACGUAGUCAUUUUUAUAAACUUGACGUUUCGCAUGCUACUCAACAUACAUUUUCAAAAGUACCGUUACAAUUUUGAAAUCUAUAUACUUACUUUCUAUGGAGCUAAACAUCAGCAAAGUAAUUACUUGUAGAUGAUUGUAUCCCAGAAAUUUUGUUUAAAUUUACAAGCAACCGACAGCAGCUUUACAGAAGAAGAUAGAUUGAAAAUUGUCCUCCUAAACAGUUUUUCAGAAGGCCAAAAUGAUAUUUUGUUUUAAUCCUUUUCGAUUUUUUUCAUCCGUACAUUAAGCCAUUGAUGUUUUUGGUUUACAUCUGAAUUUUGCUAAAUUUCAUCUCGUUAAAUUUGGUUUGGCCUGCUCACUCUAUAUAAACCUGGAGACGAUUUCAUUUCUUUUUUCAGCUGACAGUGAACUGGAAACCUGCAAUCUCCCCCCUGAAACAGGACCUUGCAAGGCUGCGAUUCCUCGGUAUUUCUUCAAUCCUUACACUCAUGAAUGUGAACGUUUCACUUAUGGUGGAUGUCAGGGCAAUACAAAUAACUUCAAGACUCUUGAAGACUGCGAAAAGUCGUGCGCACGUAAGAUCGCUAUGAACAUUUGAUUGCUAUAUAGAAUGUAAUUUUUCUUAUCUCAAACAAUAAUAUUUCUGCCUCAUUGGUCAUUCGAUGCUGGCCACAUUGUUAGUAGAGAGCAUUAGAUUCUAAAGCGAGGACGACUACGCGAACGAACUUUUCUUGAUACUGAGUAGAGCGCGCGUGAACUAGGCUGCGUCAUUUUGGCGGGAAACGCCAUAGCCUUUGACGUUCUGCUACAGGUUUUGACGAAAAUGUCGUAUUGGCGAAAAAAGGCUUUCAAAUGGUAGAAGUUUUAUCAUUAUGCGUUCUUGAGAGGGCUUAACCUCCCUCAAUAGAAAUAUCCCUCUUAAUAUUUCUGGUGCAAAAAGUAAAAUUGAGAUUUAGCGGAUGUCUAUUAGUUUCUGAGAAAAAACGAAAAAAAUAUGAGUCAAAUCUCGUCCUCGAAACUAAAGGUCUCUUUUAACAAUUCCUCAUUUUAAGCUCCUCGAUCAGACGUUGAAGUAGAAAGCUGUAAUCUACCUCCAAAGUCUGGGCCCUGUAAGGCAGCCAUACCUCGUUAUUACUUCAACCCACGCACCUAUAACUGUGAGCGAUUCACCUAUGGUGGAUGCCGCGGCAAUGCUAAUAACUUCAAGACUCUUGAGGAGUGCAAGGCUUCAUGCUUGCGUGAGUAUCUCUGUAUUAUCUAUGUAAAGAUUGUUUUCACUUGACGUCACAGCGGCCAUUUUAUUUGGUGUACAAAACAAUGAAACGGCGGCCAUUUUGCUGCUGCGGUACCGAAAAAGUCACGCGGGGAUUAAAUCAUGUAAAAAAAAAAAAAAAAAAUUUGCCUAAGAAAUUGCAUAGCGCUGAACACGUGGGUUAAAACGACCUAAAAUGCCUUGUCGCAGGACAAAUUGCAAUUUUUUUUCUUUUUCUCGCAUACGUCACUUUCCAUUUGGGGAAACGAAAAUUCUUUUGAAAAAGUAAAAAGUCUGCGUAUUAAUUAAUAAAAUAAGAAAAGUUGCUUUUUACUUGUACAAGUUUAUCCCAAGUUACAUAAGAGGGAAUUAAAAACUCGUGAGGCCGAAAUUUACCUGAACCUUUUUUCGAAAUUUUCAGCUUGAAGGUUUGUUGUCGAGAAUUUCCCACUUUUCAGUAUUACUCGAAACAUUUCUUGCAAAUUUCGCUCAUUUUCUCGCGUUUCGAAAUUCCGGAAAUCUCGAUCAUACAGAUAGCGCCUAAACUAGCAGAAAGUAUCAGUGAUAUGCUCCUACACUGUACGUCUUCUAGGGUGUUGGUAAGAAUGCUCAUGGGCAAGGGGGCGGGAGGGUAAAACUCAGGUUUGAUAGAGUACUAAAGUGAUGACGUCAUAAAAAUGAAAUUUCUGAAAUUAUGGGAUUUGUCAGGAUAUUCUGAAAGGACAAUAUCCAAGAGGCCUACUUGCCAAAAAUGAGCAUUUGGGGGCAAAUUGUCUCUGAGAUCGUAGCCCAGUUAUACUCAGAAAACUCCAUACAAACCCUUACAAUUUUUUUUUGGGUCGACCCGAAAAAAAUUUAGAAGGGUUUGUAUGGAGUUUUGUAAGCAUAACUGGGCUACGAUCUCAGAGACAAUUUGCCCCCAAAUGCUCAUUUUUGGCAAGUAGGCCUCUUGGACAUUGUUCUUUCAGAAUAUUCUGUCAAAUCCCAUAAUUUCAGAAAUUUCAUUUUUUUGACGUCACACUUUAGUACUCUAUAACCCUGCUGUAUAAAGAGCCACGUGUUCCCGAAAUCUCGCGCUAGGAAACACUGGCUCUCCUCGUUCCGGGUGCUUGACUUACUGCAGUUUCAACUUGAACGGCACGGGUGAAAACCAAUUGCUUAGCCCUGCAGGGAACGCAAGUCAAGAAAUCAUGAAUAGUGAAACCUAGCAAAGGCCUUUUGCGCCAGUAAGCGUGAAGAGUUUGUCUGUGAUGUGUUUCUUACCAGAUUGUGCUGUGUAGCUUCCCUUUCAGACAGUCAAGAGGCAAGCUGCAACCUCCCUCCCGAAAAGGGACGCUGUAUGGCCAUCAUUCAUAGGUAUUACUACAACCCGCGCACUCAUAAUUGUGAACGUUUCAUAUAUGGUGGAUGUCAGGGAAACGCGAACAACUUUGAGACUGUUGAAGAGUGCAAGAUGUCAUGCAUGCGUAAGUGUAUAAUUCUCUGUCUUAAACAAAGCGAUAUAACUUCUGCCUUAACUUGUCGUUCCUAACAAUUUGCGAUGUGCAUACCAAUGCAGUUAACCAACCUUAAGUCCCUCCAGUCACCUAAUCAGAAGAAUGCGGCUUUUUAGAGUUUUAUAGGAAAGAAAACUCAGUACAACUCGGUAAUGAAAAGACAAUUACGAUUUCAUUUUAACAAAAAAGCACCACUUUGGAACUUGAAACAUCUUUCUGUUUUGCAUAACAUUUUAUAUAUGUUUUACAUAAUAUUUAUUUAUCUAUAGCCAUGAACUUUUCACCGGAAUUGUUGUCAGUGAUUUAAGAGAUUUGUAUUUGGAACAAACGUCGCCCUUGAUCUCAGAAACGUUAAGAAAUUAAUGAACGCUGAGGCGUUUAAUUGAGUAAGUGCGGAAAUUGGGCCGCAUUCUAGAGACCGCCGACACGGCUGGACGAAAGAUAGGAGAGAAAUCAUUCAGUCGACACUUUUAAAUAAGGUUCUAAAAGCUCUAUUCGAGAAAACAAGCUCGACCUACUAUUUGGCGUUUUUUUUCAGGCGACAGUGAAAUAGGACACUGCAACCUACCUCCAAAAACUGGACCCUGUAAGGCGGCGAUUCCUCGGCUUUUUACAACCCACGCACCCAUGAAUGUGAACGUUUCACUUAUGGUGGAUGUCAGGGCAAUGCCAAUAACUUUAAGACACUUGAAGACUGCGAGGAUUCGUGUGCUGGUAAGCACAUAUUAG